CAGCCAUCCGCGUGUGCGAUACUUUUGCACGCCUGCUGCUGUCAGUCUUUGUAGAUUUAUAGAUAAUGCAUCUAGGCCGACUCAUCUGCAAAAUGCACACAGGGAAAUCCAGAUGAUUUUUACAGCUGCUAAAAUGCGUUACCGCUCCUGAACGUAACCCCAGUUUACAUUUGGCUUAAAGGAGACGCAACAAAGCGCACAAAAUGGUUGUGCUCCAGGCCCGGGCGAAUAAGUAGGUUUACUAUAGCUUUAAGAACGCGAAAUAGUGUCUGCUUCUUUAAAAUUAUAUCGGUUUAUUGCAGAAUAGAUAAUUAAGAAAAGUUUUCAAUUUCUAUUUAGUAAAUAUAUGCAUUUAAUUCGCGACGAAUCCAGCGCAUUCACAGAAAAUGCCCCACUGUUGGAUAAAGGCCGCUUGCAAUCAAAACGUCUUUAAACCAGAUGUCCGUUUUUCCUCAAAUUGCUAAACCUAUUUUAAUUUAAGCUGAAUUUGAAGUAGGCUGAAGUGUCCUCACGGUGAUGGAACCGGUUGACGACCGAACCGGGGGUGUAAAUAAAGGUAAAGAGCCGGCGGAGGACAAGGCCGCAGAAGAAACCCCAACCACCAGUACAACCGUUACCCCGCGGAGGGGACUCAGAGAGCGGGGAGCGUGCCGCCCGAGAACCAGCGUCUCUGCUUCAAUACAAGACGUUAACGGAGCAACGUCGAGCCCGCAGAGCUCAGGGCGAGUUUUAAGAGACAGGUCAACGAGGGCAGUACCGGCCUGGUUAAAGGACACCAAGAGCGACGAAGAGGACGUAGGAGACGAACCGAGUCCAGACACCGGAGCGACAAAGCGGAGGAAAGUUUCCAACUCGAGACGGAAGAAAAUUUCGGAAUCUGCGGGUUCGGCUGAGACUGGAGGGGGGGUCGCAGGUGAAAGCCUUCAAGUCACAGACUCAGAGGACCCCAAGAAACCUGCAACAGAUGCUCAAGCUCUACCCUCCAGACGCCCCCCAGCUCAGACUCGUGCCAAGCCCCUGUCUGGCAGGGCUGUCCGCGGCUCUGCCAAGCCUGUGUGUAAGACCGAACCUGGAAUGGAGAAUCCAGCUGCAGUGGAAGGAGAGAUACAAAAUGAUAUUAAAAAGAAAGUGGAGGAAAGCGAGGAUGUUGCUGACCCACUAUUCGGUGAUGAAGACCCUCCAUUUCGGGAUGACCCAAACGAUCUCAGCUACCAGCCACAGAGUCAGAGUGGUGCAGAGGAAGAAGAGGGUCUGAGCAGUGAUGAAGACCUUCCUUUUACAGAUGACCUAAAUGACCAGAGCUACGAUCCAAAGGCUGAACGGGAUGCCCCUAAACCUAAGCGCAAAGCUCCUCCUAGACAGAAGGAGAAGAAAGAGAAAGAAAAGACACCUAAAAAAGAGAAAGAGGUAGCUGAUAUAAAAAUCGAAGGUUUGGACAACUUGGAGAGUUUGGAAGAAGAAGUUAAGCUUGAGGAAGAAAUGGUGGAGGACCCAGAUGGACCCAGGAAGAGAGGCCGGCGGAAAAAAGACGAUAAAACCCCACGGCUGCCAAAGAGAAGGAAGAAGCCCCCAGUGCAGUAUGUGCGCUGUGAAAUGGAGGGAUGCGGGACAGUCCUGGCCCAUCCUCGCUACCUACAGCACCAUAUAAAGUACCAGCACUUGCUCAAGAAGAAAUACGUGUGUCCUCACCCUUCUUGUGGAAGGCUUUUCCGACUACAGAAGCAGCUGCUGCGUCACGCAAAACACCACACAGACCAGAGGGACUACAUCUGUGAGUUCUGUGCUCGUGCCUUCAAGAGCUCCCACAACCUGGCUGUGCACCGCAUGAUUCAUACCGGAGAGAAGCCCCUGCAGUGUGAAAUCUGUGGGUUCACAUGUCGUCAGAAGGCGUCUCUCAACUGGCACAUGAAGAAGCAUGAUGCAGAUGCCACUUAUCAGUUUGCCUGCUCCAUUUGUGGCAAGAAGUUUGAGAAGAAGGACUGUGUGGUGGCUCAUAAGGCUAAAAGUCACCCCGAGGUGCUCAUCGCUGAGGCUCUGGCAGCCAAUGCUGGCGCCCUCAUCACAAGCCCUGCCUCCCUGCUGGAGCUUCAAGGAAACCCCAUGCAAGCAGAGGUCACUAGCUUGGACAUGAGCCAAAUAGGGCAGGGUGGGCAGAUGGACCAGUUGAGCAAUGAAGGGCAAGUGGCUCAGGUGUCACAGAUGGGUCAUGUGACCCAACAAGUGAGUCAUCAGGUGGUUUUACUGGGACAAGACCAGAGCCUCCAUACCAUGCAAGUACCAGUGACAAUUGCCUUGUCCCCUAUUGACCCCCCUUCGCCAGCUGACAACCAGCAGCAGACUCAUCUCCAGCUCCAGAUGCCCGUCCAGUUUGUGCAGGCUGCUCAGCAGCCCCAAAUCCAGCAACUGACCCUCCACUCCAGCUCAGUGCUGACCCAGCAUCAACCCCAGCUUCACCCGCUUCAGUCAUACUCCUCCCAGCAGCAGAGCCAGGGGCAGACACAAAUUCUUCAAAUGACCUUCCAGUCGGUCAGCCAGUCUCAGACCCCCAUUCAGCAGAUCCCCAUUCUGGCCACCUCUCAGCAGCUUCAGACCCUGCACACAGCUGCCCUGAGCUCUCCUCUCCUGUCCCCGUCCCAGCCCCGGAACCCAGCCUCCACUAAUGGGGACAGCCUUAUUCUGGACAAUCCGGUGCUCUCGUCUUCCUCUCCGCCAUCCAGCUCCCUUGUGCAUACAGAAGUUAUGGGGGAGGAUGGUGUGGUCUGGGAGCAGACAGAACACGGGGAAGUUUACUCAGACAGCACUGAGAGACAUGGGGAGCAGACUCUCAUGUAA